AUUACAUUUUGGUGGCAGCCAUUGAUUUUGGAACAACUUUUUCUGGAUAUGCCUAUUCGUUUCGACACGAUUACGAAACAGACAAGCUGAAAAUAUAUACCAAUAUGUGGGCACAUAACAGCGGGCUAUCGACAAAGGCUCCAUCAGCAGUUUUGAUUGGUCCAGAUCGUAAAGUGAAGGCUUUUGGAUAUGAAGCACACAGGAAAUACAACGAAUUAAUAGAACGUGAAGAGGGCAUGGAUCAUCUAUUCUUCGAAAAGUUUAAAAUGAUGUUGUUUACCACGAAGAAUCUAAACAACACAACUUUGAUACGUGAUAUUUCUGGAAAGGAGAUGCUUGCUAUAGAGAUGUUUGCUUUGGUACUUGGAUAUCUACGGAACCAUUUAAUGCAAAGACUUCAGAACCGUGAUACCGAUGCCAUACUGGAAGAAAACAUGAUACAAUGGGUUCUAACUGUUCCGGCAAUAUGGAGUGAAAAGGCAAAACAGUUUAUGCGAUAUGCAGCGGAUAAAGGUGGUAUUCCGAGUAAACACCUUAUUCUCGCUUUGGAACCAGAAAGUGCAUCGUUAUACUGUAAAUACCUACCACAAUGCAUCACCAUGCAAGGCAAACGAAUGACUGAAAACACAUUAGAAAAUGGAACAAAGUACAUAGUGUUGGACAUUGGAGGCGGGACUGUUGAUGUAACAGCUCAUGAAAUACAAAGAGACGGAACUCUCCAAGAACUAUAUCAAGCAACAGGUGGUUGCUGGGGUGGAACAACCAUAGAUCUGGAAUUUCAGAGUUUGUUAAGCACGAUAUUUGGAUCCGAUGUCAUUUCUAAAAUAAAUGAUGAACAUCCAAAUGAAAUGAUAGAUGUACUACUCGAUUUUGAAAUGAUAAAGAGAAGCUACGAACCAGGUGUAACCUCUCACAUCAGUAUCAAAUGCCCUUCGUACUUUUUCGAGGUUUAUGAAAAGAAACAUGGUGUCAGCAUCAGGGAAGAUGUUAAAAAUACCUGUACAGGUGAACAGGUGAAAUUUGUCAGAGAUAAGCUACUCAUAUACGCAGAUACGUAUGAAGGUUUCUAUACUAAAACUUUGGAUAAACUUGUCAAUCAUCUCAGACAACUUUUACAUUUAGACACAUUGUCAGACAUUACAACAUUACUUCUUGUAGGAGGUUUUGCUGAAUCAAAAGUGAUUAAAAACAGCAUCAUUACAAACUUCCCCCUACUUCGUGUUAUAAACCCAGACGAUUGUUCCAUGGCAGUGUUAAAAGGUGCCGUGUUGUAUGGUCAUGACCAAAAAGCGAUUAGUUCCAGAAUUUCCAAGUGUUCCUAUGGAAUUGGAACUCACGUUAACUUUCAUGAAGGAAUCCAUCCGGAAACAAAGAAGCGUAUUGUUAAUGGUAUAGAGAUAUGUGAUGAUAUUUUUGAUAUGCACAUGAGGUUGGGAGAAAGAGUUGAAAUAAGUCAACCCAGGUUAGAAAAAAUCUACCAUCGGCGCGUUCGUCCUGAUUUUUCAACUACUGCCUCUCUGUAUGUCUAUGCAUCCACUUCUAACUCUCCCAUGUUUGUUACCGAUGACUCUUGUAAUGUGUUAGGAUGUUUGUCUAUUGCGCUUUCUGGUGAUAGAGAUGGAAAGGUACAAAAGGCGCUUCCUGUCGAUACUGACAAAACAGUACAAAGUGCGCUUUCUAAGGAUACAAAUAACACAGUACAAAGUGCGUUAUCUGGGAAUACAAAUACAACAUUACAAAGUGUACUCGUCAGUUUCCAUUACGUUGGUACAGAACUAGGGGUGCUUGUUCGAGUGGCAAAGACCGGGAAAGUAUUAGGAGCAAAGUUCGACUUUCUUUGUUAAAAUUCAAUAGUUGAAUUUGAAAAAUAAUAACUUCGGUCGUUUAGCUAUAUAUAUAACUAUAUAAGCACAACUCUGAUAAACAAAUGAAUUAUAUACGUUAUAAAAACAAUUGUGAAGAUAUUGAUGAUUUUUAUUUAUAUUUUGUUGAUGUAAUUGUCAGAUUCAUACAUGUAUAUAAAAUACACACUACUUAAGAAAUAUUUGGGUAACAAAGUUCAUAAUUCCUUUGCCAAAAAUGGCAAAAAUUCUACACAGUAAAGUAUGUGGUAAACAAAUAUGCAAUAUGUCAUGACACAAAAUCCCAACAUACUCUUGACAAAACCCAUUAGUAAAGUAACAGUGCUUCAUUACUUCCCUGUGUUUUCAAAGUCACAAUAAGGUAUAUAUAUUUAUUGCAUUUUCCUUUUCUUAUAUUUACAAAACAGAAGAAGAGAUAGGAUUGAAUAGGUCAAAAAAUGAGUGCGUACAUCAUGGUCCUUUUAUUUAAUUCUAAGCAAAUGUAAAAAAAACAAACAUUUUUUUUAGCGCUCUGAUAAUCAAUUGAAUAGAUCGUAUUAGGAGAACGUCCGUCUGUCAUUCCCACUUGUCAUAUCGUACGAGUUUAAGAAUUGUAGGCUCGCCUAAGGUUCUAAACGCCUAAAUCCAAUCAUACGUUUAACAAGCACAGGACUAAACUUUGUGUGUUGAUUUAAAAGUUGAAUACUUAAACUUUCUAUUUUUCUUCUCUUGCAUCAACAUGUACUUUAUUCUUUUAUACUAUUUAAUUCCCCAUUGAAAGGCCUCCAAUAGACCGAAUGACUGUAAAUUCAUUGUUAUCGAUAGCCGAUGACAAACAAGUUAAAGGCAAAUGAUUAAGUCAUAUAAUAAUAUUACAAACAUAAGUAUUGUGGUUGGCCAUGCUGUAAUGCAAAUCAUUCUAACAGUUUUAAACUUAUUCAACAUGAUGAAAGCACUCCCAUAACUGUCUCCCUUUUCUACUUUUAAGAUUACUUCCGCGCAAUGAAAAUUUGUAUAAAAUUUAUUAUAAUUUCAUUUAUAAUAAGCUUAUUUUACAACGUGUAAGCAUAGAUGUAAUACCAUACACUGGCAGUAAUACGAUAUGUAAACUAGAAUCAUUUUUGUAUGUACAUGUAUUUAACUUAGAGUCAGUUUCUUCGUGUUGUUUGUUUAACUUUGCAAAUUUUGAAUAAACUAUUUUGCAAUAAAACAGUUCAGCAUUCUUUUGAAGGAAAUACACCUGUCAAAUAAAGACGAAAAUGU